AUCACUAAAACCUACCCAGUCAACAAUCACAGAAAGCAAGUUACUGACAUACGCUCAGACACACUACUAAAAUAUACAAACCUGGCUACAGUUACUUAACACAUAAGCCCGUCUCCUAUGAUGAUUGGCUCUAUAACAAUGUCUCGGGUUCGAAACCAGAAUGAACGUAACACGUGUCUUCAUGGAUCGGAGCGCAUGCAACCGCGUUUUCCUGUUUAGCUUCUGAGCGCAUCAAGAAAAGAACCUGUUCAACACCCCGUCUCAGUGGAUUUUUAUUAUUUUUAAUGUGUUUCUAAAUUACAGUAAAUAUUGCUGGUUUUAUUUUUGUAAAGCAUGGAUUAAUUUAUGGAAAUAAGACUUCCUAAUAUGUCGUACAUGUGCGUGAGUGGAUUUCAUUUUUUAUGACAGUACAAAAAGGCAAUUGGCUUGCAACGACAACAUUCAACCCUCCCGGAGUCCAGUGCCCAACCCCUGUGGUUAUUGCUGUUGGGCUCCUGCUAAUCAUUUGAGAGACGGUCCCGGGCAACACUCCUGUCAGCACCUUCCCUGUUGUGUAUGUUUGAGGCUCACUGGUAGAGGGGCGGCGUCCGCAUGUGUAGCGAUGCGUGCAGAGAGGAGGCCUCUGCCCUGCUACCAAACUCUGACGGUGACCUUUGCCUUGCCAACGGCCCCACCAUGCCGACUAAUGUCUCCCUGGUGUACAUCAGCCUGGAGCUGGUCAUAGCCUGCCUGGCCGUGACCGGUAACAUGCUGGUCUGCUGGGCCGUGUGCCUCAACAGCAACCUGCAGAGCAUCACAAACUUCUUUGUGGUGUCACUGGCGGUGGCGGAUAUUGCCGUGGGCCUGCUGGCCAUCCCUUUCGCCGUCACCAUCAGCAUAGGGUUCUGCGCCAACUUCUACGGAUGCCUGUUCAUCGCCUGCUUUGUGCUGGUGCUCACCCAGAGCUCCAUCUUCAGCCUGCUGGCCAUAGCCGUGGACCGCUACAUCGCCAUCAAGAGUCCCCUCAGGUAUAACAGCCUCGUGACAGCCAGGAGGGCCAAGGGCAUCAUCGCUGUGUGCUGGGUCCUCUCUGUGGUCAUCGGCCUCACGCCAAUGCUGGGCUGGAACAGGGGAGUCAAUGCAACCAACAGCAGCAGCUGCCCCGUGGGGAUGACAGAGUGCCUGUUCGAGGGUGUGGUCACCCUGGGCUACAUGGUCUACUUCAACUUUUUCGGCUGUGUGCUGGUGCCCCUGCUAGCCAUGCUGGCCAUCUACGCCCGCAUCUUCAUGGCGGCACGGCGACAGCUGAGACUGAUGGACCUGAAGCUGUUUCAAGUGCAUGCCCCCGGGGUGGGCACCUCGUCCACCCGCUCCACCCUGCAGAAGGAGGUCCACGCGGCCAAGUCCCUGGCCAUCAUUGUGGGGCUGUUUGCUUUCUGCUGGCUGCCCCUGCACGUCAUCAACUGCUUCAACCUUUUUUGCCAGGAUUGUGGGCGCCCACACAUUUGGGUGAUGAACAUCUCCAUCAUCCUGUCCCACGCCAACUCUGUGGUCAACCCCUUUAUCUAUGCGUAUCGCAUUCGGGAGUUCCGCCACACCUUCCGCAGGAUUCUGCGCCAGCACGUGCUGGGCCAACCGGAGGGGGCUGGGGUCGGGCAUGGCAGAGGGGUGGAUGGCAGCAGCAGUGUGUACACCUCCACUCGUAUCAGCAUGGUGGAAGGCUCAUGCGGCACCAUGGUGAACAGCUACGUCCUGGAGCCCAGCCUCCAACUCAGCCCCCCUGGUACUCCCAUAAAGACCCAUAAUGCCUCCUGCCAGUGGCAGCCACCACAGUUAGACCCUGCACCAAUCAGCUACAUCCGCAACGGACAUGGCAGAGAGGGUUCCCCGCUGUCCUCCAAGCGGCAGCGGUGCAUUAUGGGUUGUGCAGUCCAGAGUGGAGAUGAGACUAAGAACUGUGGGGGAACUACAGAGGUGACAGAGGUGAAUGACAGUGGGAACAGCUUUGGUGCGCCCGUCAGGCAUCUGCCACUCACACAGACCAUCUCAAACUGCUCAGUAGAACUGACGGAGGUAUCAUGACACAGUUCUCCCCAUGAUGAAGAAGUUACUGCUACUCCAAUGUACAUCAACUAGGAGAAACAUGGUCCAUAAGCCCAUGAAAUAAAUUCUAACUAGAUCUUGGACUGCUCUGACUUAGCUUGAGGAGCUUGGAAGGGCAACACCAACUGGUAUUAAUUUACUCCCAGGCACUAAGCUUUUAUCUGUCUUAUUUCAUCUACUGUUUUUGUUUAAGUCUGUAGACAUUUUUUAUAUAUAUAUUGCUUCUGACGCUUUUUACUGUGGAGUAAUAGUCUUUUAGUAUUGAAAGAUGGACCACAUUAGAAAUGAAAAGACCGGUAUACUGAACGCCUAUUGUAUGACUUCUAAAAUGUGUUUUCUGUUGUGAUGUUUUCAAAUGCAAGUCACCGGGGGGGAACUGAACAGAUUUUAUACUGUUGAUUAUCACUUUGUGGUUGAAAGUGAGUCCUGGUUCUGAAUCGGGAGUAUAAGAUUGAGCAAAUCACUGUGAUAAAAAUCUAAAAGUCUAGUAUUAUUUAUUGAAAGCUACUUCAGAAGACUGCAUCUGAUUGGAAAAUAAAUUGCAGCUUCCUGUGACUGCACACUCAUAGCAGAAGUAAAUAGAAAAUAUAUAUGCAACAUGCAACAAUUUCAAAAUGUCUGAGUUUCAGUUCACAUAAAGAAAUCAGUCAAUUAAGAUGAUAUCAUUAGGCCCUAAUCCAUGGAUUUCACAUGAUAUUUGCGGGAACUGGAAAACACUACCAUGUACAUCAAUCCACAGGUUCCCAAACAGAUGUUUAGCUUCUAGGAAUUGUGUACUGAUCCUUGCAACAUGGAUGCAAUUGUGUUCUUAAUAUGUAGCUUUGGCCUGCCCAUAGCAAAACCCCACCUCCACAAGGCACUCACAAACCGCUCUUAUACACCUUGUCCUACACACUCUCGGCCAUAUGCCCUGUACAGUCGACACCAGUAUUCAUUUUUGUAGAGCACGCUUCUCCAGCACUAAGGGCCAUCAAAGGGAAGCAUUUGCCCAAUGAAGUUGGUUAUGAUGCAGAACCUCAGUCAGGUCAAGACCCGGGUGAGGAAGACAAGCAUGCAGAUGAGCUUCCAUUAGAUGUUUUCUGAUAGUUUGUGCAGAUGUUCUUCAGUUGUGCAAGCACAGUUUCAUUACACAUGGUCUCGGUCACAAUUAGUCUUGCAUAUCAUUAAGCCAGAUAUACUUGGCAUAUCUAGUGAACAUGAUAAGGUUUAUAAUGUCAACAAAUCACCAGUCACUCAUCACAAAUCUUUUGAUUAUAUGAUCAGUCUUACUGUAAUUCCACAGCCAGAUCCCAGUACCUGCAUUACCAACAAGCCAAAACAAAUAAACACGCAGGAUUUAAUGUCACUGUUGAAAUGAGCUCACCGACAGUGUGGCUGUGUUUACAGUUAUUGCUGACGCCAGUUGUUGGGCCUAAUGUAAUGGAAAUCAGAUGAUGACUUUUAUUACACCAUAAUGCUUUCCCUUUCCUCAUUAAAACACCACUGUGGGAAAGACCCACAUUAGCUGUGCUUUCUCCCUUGAGUCUUUGUGUGAUGUGGAGGAAGAGUUCUCCAUUAAGUGCUCACAGGUUAGUUUGUGUGGGCAUGUAUUAUAUGCGUUUACCCUCCGUAAAAAUGAUGUAUUGAAUCUACUGUCGAUCAUAUGUUGACGGUAACAUCAUGCUGUGAAUGGAAAUGGAGAGUGGACUUUGGCAAAUUACUCUUAAAAGGGUUUUGUUAUGUGUUACUGUGAUAAACCAGAGGGAAAUCUGGGUGGGGAAAUCCUGUCAUUUCUGCCCCAUCAUAAAAUCCCCCCCUGUAAAAGCCCUAAUAAAACACUUUGGUGUGCUUUUGACUUCUAAAUGACAUAAUGUGUUGUUGAUUAAGCCUGGUAAAAGAAAGACGUUUCAGGUGGAGGCCUUUCCUGCAAUAAAACACCUGCUCAAUUAGGUUACAUUUACAUUGACUAAUAUCAUUAUACAAUAGCAGCAUACAACUUUUCUCUGGUGAGUACCAUUAUACAAUAUACAAAGGAUUAUUGGGACAACAUUCCUAAACAUCACUAUCAUAUUUGUAAACAUGCCAUAACAAGCCAAUAUCUCUGCACCAUUCUCCAUACUGUCAUAAGCUAUUGCUUUGUUGCUGCUAAGUCUGUAAGUACAGGCAGAGACAUACCGUGUGGCUCUGGUCUCAAGGUUACAACUAAAUUAUUGAACAUUAAGGGACCCUGACAGGUUUUUUUGAAACGUGAAUAAGCUUUUAGUCCAAAGCUGAAAUACGGCAUCUAAUGAGUUUAUGGAAAUCCUCAAUAGGUGUUCUCUAAAAUGUACCUGCUUUUUUCAUAUAAGAAGAUUGCUUAUAAGCGUGAGUAAUAUUACCUUUCUGAUACUGCUUAUUCUUAGGUUGUAUAUAUGUAUUGCAAAAUCCUGUAAUUUUUUUAGCUGGAAUGCAAUGUCUGUAUCAUGUAUAAUUGACUGUAUUAAGAAAAUACACCAAGUCACUGGAUAACAGCUUUUACUAAAUGACUAAAAUGUACCAUGUAAUGAUAUUUAUAAAACUGUAAACAUUUCAUUAUUUAAAAAUGUAUGCCAUUAAUGUGUCAUUUGUACAGUCCUUUUAUGUAGUUGUAUGUUACAUUUCAAUGUAUAAAUCCUAGCAGUACCUCUUUCCUUGAGAGAGCGGUGGCUAAACAGCAAAAGAAAAUGUUAUACAUUUUUUUUUAUCUACAUCAAAUUAUAGAUUUUAAUUUACGAUGUUGGCCAUUGAACAACCAUGCCAUGAUUAGAUAGUGAAAAAAAUUCACUAUUUUGUAAGUUCUUUACACAAUAAAAGCAA